AUGGCGUCAGACCUCACAGGCUCAUAUGCGUACAGCGAUUCUCUCAAGGGCAUCCAUUUUGGUCCUGGGUCGACGGCGACUGCACUCCCCAAGCUCCUCGAUGCCCUCGGCGCAAAGAAAGCAUUGAUCGUGACCGGCCGCAGUCUCUUCACCAAGACCGACGUCGUCAAGACCGUCGAGGGUAUUCUCAAAGCGCACGAUGCGUACGGUGCAACCUUCUAUGAGAUCGGCGAGCACGCGCCUGUCGCAGGCAUCCGUCGCGGCGUCCAGGCUUUCAAGGACGCCGGCGCUGAUGUCAUCGUCAGCGUCGGCGGUGGCUCGCCCGUUGACGCGGCGAAGGCGAUCCUCCACUUCGUUCAGCAGGAGUCUGGCGCGCCCGCACCUUUCAAGCAGAUCGCGAUCCCAACUACGCUGAGCGCGGCGGAGUACACGAUGGGAGCGGGUUUCACGGACGACUCCGGGAACAAGGUUGCAGUCGCCUCGCCCUCGCUUGUACCCGCAGGUAUCAUCCUUGAUGCGCAACUCACUCUCGCGACGCCUGAGCGCCUCUGGCUGUCCACGGGCCUCCGCGCUCUCGACCACGCUGUCGAGAGCCUUUACCGCCCUGGCGUUCCACCGCCGCUUAAGCACUUAUGCUAUGCCGCGUUGGCCGACCUCUUCACAUACCUUCCACUGUCAAAGGCGCACCCGGAAGACGUCUCCACCAGGCAAAAGCUGCAGAUUGCCUCGUGGAUGAGCAUUUGGCCCAUGCAGUUGGAAAAGUUUGUUGCGUUUGGGUUAUCCCAUGGUCUGGGACACAGGCUCGGGGCACGGUAUGGCAUUCCACACGGGAUUACAUCUUGCCUCACGCUCGCCCCUGUGGUCGCCGCCAAAGUAGAGCUAGGCUCUCCGCAAGACAAGGAGUGGCUCGCCAAUGCUCUUUUCUACCUCCGCAAACCUUCGACUGGGUCCGUCGACGGUGACGUCCUGGAGUUGUCGAAGUCCAUUCAACAACUCGUCAACGACCUCGGACUGCACUCCACACUGUCGCAAUACAAUGUUCCGAAAGAGGAUGUUCAACAGAUUGCGGAGCUAGCCGUGGGGAAGAAAGAAGACCCUGCCUUUGUCAAAACAGUAGCUAUACUGGAGGCGUUGUACGAAUAA